AUGACGAACAGCGACAAUAAUAAAAAGCAGAUCAUAUUGAAUGCUUUCGUGAUGAACACCCCGGGCCAUUUGGCACCGGGGCUGUGGAAACAUCCGAGCAACAAGACCAACCAGUAUAAGAAACUCUCGUUUUGGACUGACCUAGCGCAGUUGCUGGACAAUGCCGGAUUCCAUGCCAUGUUUAUCGCCGAUACCCUAGGCCCGUACGACGUAUAUAGGGGCCCUGCCAAUGUGGUCCCUGCAUUAGCAUCAGGAGCGCAGUUUCCGGUCAAUGAUCCAUUAUAUCUGGUCCCCGCCAUGGCGGCAGUAACAAAAAACCUGAUCUUCGGCGUAACUGCGAGCGUAACAUACGAAAAGCCGUAUGCACUCGCCCGCCGACUAUCCACGGUAGAUCACCUCAGCGAAGGGCGUCUUGCUUGGAAUAUUGUCACGUCGUAUCUCGAUAGUGCGGCUCGCAACCACGGCCUGAAAGAGCAGAUUCCGCAUGACGAACGGUAUGCGAUCGCUCACGAGUAUAUGGAAGUACUCUACAAGCUUUGGGAAGGCAGCUUUCGAGACGACGCCGUCCUAGAUGAUCGGAACCAAGGGAUAUAUAUCGCCAGCGAUGCUGUGCGACAGAUACAUCAUAAAGGGAAGUACUUUGAGGUACCAGGUCCCCAUUUCUGCGAACCCUCACCACAACGCACUCCGUUUCUCUUUCAAGCGGGUGUCUCUGAAGCUGGAAACGGGUUCGGAGGGAAGCACGGGGAAGCGAUCUUCGUCGGCGGCCAAACAGCCGAGGGCGUCCGGGUGACUGUGGACAAUAUCCGCGAAGUUGCAGCAGAGGAAGGACGCGAUGCCAAUCACAUUAAGAUUAUUGUUGGGAUUAACGUCAUUGUCGCGGCGACAGAUGAGGAGGCGAAAGCAAAGCGGGAGGAGUAUCUCAGGUAUGCGGACGAAGAGGGGGCAUUGGCCCUAUUUGGUGGGUGGACCGGAGUCGAUCUCUCAGGCUACGCCGAUGACGAGGACUUCAGAUUCAGCGAAUCUCCACGUGUCCAGUCUAUCGUAAGACGAUGGUCUGCUACCGUGCCCGGCACGGACAAUCUUCCUUGGACGAAGAGGCGGAUUGUAGAGUACUUAAGUGUGGGUGGUCUUGGCGCGAAAGUCGUCGGGAGCCCUACAACAGUCGCGGACGAACUGGAACGAUGGAUAGAGGUGUCAGGAGUAGAUGGCUUUAACCUGGCUCACAUUACCAAUCCGGGGACAUUUGAGGACAUUAUAGAAUACUUACUGCCUGAGUUACGCCGAAGAGGACGUUUCCGAAGCAAGGUAGGAAAGGAAGGCGCCACAGCCAGAGAAGUUUUCAUCGGAUCUCGAAGGCUUCCAGAUGACCAUCCUGGAAGCAAGUAUGGGUGGCAUGCUGGUGAGAAGCUGCCCAAAUAUCAGCUGAAAGAAGGGAACGGAGAACAGGCAUGA